GUCUCCAAAAGAGCCCUUGGUGCAGCUUUUGUUGCAACUAGGAAUAUCCAUGCAUCUGGAUCAUGGCUUCAGAAGACUGGUACUGCCGAAGUAUCCUCCAUCCUUGAAGAACGUAUCCUGGGCGCAGACACCAGCGCUGAACUGGAGGAGACUGGCCGAGUGCUUUCCAUUGGUGAUGGUAUUGCCCGUGUCUAUGGUCUCAGGAACGUCCAGGCUGAAGAGAUGGUGGAAUUCUCUUCAGGGUUGAAGGGUAUGUCCUUGAACUUGGAGCCAGACAAUGUUGGUGUUGUGGUGUUUGGUAACGACAAGCUCAUCAAGGAGGGAGACAUUGUGAAGAGAACUGGAGCCAUUGUGGAUGUACCUGUUGGUGUGGAACUGCUGGGACGUGUUGUAGAUGCCCUUGGUAAUGCCAUCGAUGGCAAGGGCCCACUUGGCUCAAAAAUCCGUAGACGAGUGGGUCUGAAGGCCCCUGGCAUUAUCCCCCGUAUUUCUGUGAGGGAGCCAAUGCAGACUGGUAUCAAGGCUGUGGACAGUUUGGUGCCUAUUGGCCGUGGCCAGCGUGAGCUGAUUAUUGGUGACAGACAGACUGGCAAAACUGCCAUUGCUAUUGAUACAAUCAUCAACCAGAAAAGGUUUAACGAUGGAACUGAUGAGAAGAAGAAACUAUACUGUAUCUACGUGGCUAUUGGUCAGAAGAGAUCCACUGUGGCCCAGCUGGUCAAGAGGUUGACUGAUGCAGAUGCCAUGAAAUACACAAUUGUGGUGUCUGCCACUGCCUCUGACGCUGCUCCCCUGCAGUACCUGGCUCCAUACUCCGGCUGCUCUAUGGGAGAAUACUUCAGAGACAACGGGAAACAUGCUCUGAUCAUCUAUGACGAUUUAUCCAAACAGGCUGUGGCCUACCGUCAAAUGUCUCUGUUGCUGCGUCGUCCUCCUGGCCGUGAGGCUUACCCUGGUGAUGUGUUCUACCUCCAUUCCCGUCUGCUGGAGAGAGCUGCCAAGAUGAACGACCAGUUUGGAGGGGGCUCUUUGACUGCUCUCCCCGUCAUUGAGACACAGGCCGGUGACGUGUCUGCUUACAUCCCAACAAAUGUCAUCUCCAUCACUGAUGGACAGAUCUUCUUGGAGACUGAGCUGUUUUACAAGGGUAUCCGGCCUGCCAUCAACGUCGGUCUAUCGGUGUCCCGUGUAGGUUCUGCUGCCCAGACCAGAGCCAUGAAACAGGUGGCCGGUACCAUGAAGCUAGAGCUGGCUCAGUACCGUGAGGUUGCAGCUUUUGCCCAGUUUGGCUCUGAUUUGGAUGCUGCCACUCAGCAGCUGUUGAACCGUGGUGUGCGUCUGACUGAGCUGCUGAAGCAAGGGCAAUAUGUUCCCAUGGCCAUUGAAGAACAGGUAGCAGUUAUCUAUGCUGGUGUAAGAGGUCAUCUGGACAAGAUGGAGCCAAGCAAGAUCACAAGAUUUGAGCAGUCUUUCCUGGCUCAUGUUAAAAGCCAACACCAAGACUUACUAGCAACCAUUAGGACCGAUGGAAAGAUCUCUGAACAGGCAGAAGCCAAGCUGAAAGAAAUUGUAAUAAAUUUCCUGUCCUCAUUUGAGUAA